AUGGAACUUCUCCGCUUUCACGAGACGACCGUCGCCGUCCGUGAGGCCGCCGCCGCCAACCCCCUCGCCACGUUUACCGAAUUUAACCAGUUUGCGCUCCUGAGCGCCCAAGAGUUCAAGCAGGUUCUGGUCCAGUCGUUCGGGAACGAGACGUUCGACGCGGCACCGCUUCCGGCAUCGGGUGCAGCAAAGCAGACGUCGGUCGACUGGUCCUCUCACAAGUGUAACCCACCCGUGGCAAACCAAGGGUCGUGUGGGUCAUGCUGGGCCUUCUCGACAGUCGGAACGGUCGAAGCCGCCCACUGCAUUGCCACGGGCGACCUCGUGGCCCUCUCGGAACAGCAAGUCGUGAGUUGCUCGACCAACGGCGGCAGCAUGGGGUGCAAUGGGGGGUUUCCGCCGUCCGCUAUCGACUGGAUGCAACAAGGGGUGUGUUUGGAAACGGACUGGCCGUACACGGCACAAACUGGCGCGUGCAACAAAACCUGCCAAAAGGUCAAGCUCUCGAUCGGGAAGACGAUCACGACGUCCGGCGAGGCGUCGCUCGAGACGGCUCUCAACAGCCAGCCCGUGACUGUCGUCGUCGAAGCCGGCAACAACGUGUGGCGCAACUACAAGAGCGGCGUCGUCACACAGUAUCAAAAACUCGUGGGGCCCUCAAUGGGGUGA